AACCACCAGUCUUAUAACUUCCACACCAAGCAGCACCUCUCUCUCUCUCUCUCUCUCAAAACCCUAAUUUCAUUUCCUCUCUCAAACUCUCUCCUCUGAAACACAAACCAACACUCUUUGUGCUCUGAAAAUGGCAACGAAAGAGACCAAACCAGAAACCAAGAAAACAGAACACAAGAAAGCUCCUGAAGCCAAAGACCCUCCUCUUCCUCAGGAGCAAGACAACCUCCCACCUCUUCCUUACAAGACGUGCAGUUUGAGAGUGUCCAUUCACUGCGAAGGCUGCAAAAGAAAAGUGAAAAAGAUCCUCACAAGCAUCGAAGGGGUGUAUAAGGUAGAUAUUGAUGUGAAGGAGCAGAAGGUGACAGUGAUCGGAAUUGUCAAACCGGAGAUUCUGACGAAGAAGCUUCUCAAGGCCGGUAAACUCGCCGAGAUCUUGCCGGAAAAACCCGACCCGAAAGAGUCUAAACCGGAAAAACCAAACCCGAAAAACGAAGAGAAGAAGAAGACACAGAAGAAGGAAGAAAUAAAAACCCAACUCUCAGACGACGGAGAUGCCACCUCCGGCGACGGGAAUAAAACUGGUUGCGGCGAAGAACUGGAGACGGGUAAAAUCGGCGCCGGAAGUGACGAGGUUGUUAAAUCCCAAGCCGGUGAGGAAACUGGGAAACCCGGUGAUCCGGUUAAGGAGGUGAAGACCGAAGAUAAGGAGAUUGUCACCGGAGCAGCCGGUGAUCAGUCACCUGCGAUGGAGGAGACCGGUGAAGCUAAAAAGGCUGAAGCUGGUGGAGACAAUGGCAGCGGCAGUGGCGGUAAAAAGAAGAAAAAUAAGGGGCAAAAAGGUAAUAAAGCUGAGAAUUCCACCGAUACACCUGCCCGGACUGGAUCACCCCCACCGAAUCCGGACCGUCCAUAUGAUCAGAUGGAGGGGAAUCAGAUGAUGACCAAUAAUAUCCCGCCACGUCACCAUAUGUAUGCUUAUCCACCGAGUUACUAUGCACCGCCGCCGCCGCAGAAUCCACCGGUGGUGUACGGCGUGAGCUACAACAUAACUCAGCCACCGGCGAGUGUGUACGGUGCAUCGUAUUAUACGUCGCCGUAUUCGUAUUCGUACAUGCACCCUGGGUUUCUGCCGUCCGAUCAAAACCCGCACCCAUCUCGACCGUCGGAUUCGUUCGAGCUGUUCAGCGACGAGAACCCUAACGCUUGCUCCGUCAUGUAAAGGGGGGGAAGUGAUGGAAUUACCAAAAUGGGUCUCUAAUGCUUAUACACCUUGUAUGAGUGUAAGGAUAUUUUGGUAACUUAAGUUAUAUACGUGACGUGAGUGUGUUUGGAGGGUUUAGGUAAUUUUUAAUAUUUUUAAUAAAUAGUUUUUUUAUAAUUAUUUUAGCUUUUGUUUAAUAAUUUAGUAAUUCAGCUUUUCCCUAAAGCUUUUGCUUAGUUGUAAGGGGACACUAUGAUGUGUAAAGUGUAGAAGCUUAUUUGGCAUUUAUA